GGAAGGGAGGGGGAGGGGCGGUGUUUACUCGGCAGCCGUGUGAGGGGGGGCGGCGCGGCAGGCUGCGGGCCUGAGGCCUAGUGAGCGGAGGGGGUGCGGGGCGCUGAGGCCGAGCGGGACCAUGGCCGCCUGUAACACCUGCGCUGCUGCCGCGCGGCUGCUCGGCUCCUCACUGCCUUCCGCGCACAGAGGUAAUGACGCGGCCCGCCUGCGAGCCCCCACUGCCCGGGGUCCUCUUGAGAGACGGGGCCGAGUACUCCCUCCUCAGAGACCGGCCCCCGGCCCGUUCCCUGCUCCCCCCCCCCCGCUCCCUAGAGACCGAGCCCUGAAUGCCAACUCCCGCCGAGCCCCCCCCCCCCCCGCUGGGGCAUCACCCUCGUCCGGACCGCGCCCCAAUGAGCGCCCCCCACGCGCUGGGGCUCCCGCUCCUCCCCGAGCCCUGGCCUGGAUCCUCCUCCAGAGACGGGGGGGGGGGCGAACACCCCCCUCCCCGUGCCUCUGCGGGGUUGAGCCCCAGCCGCACAACCCCCGUUCCUCUGUGCCGGGGCUGCUCUCACGCAUCUGCCCUGCCUGUGCCUCGUCUCCUCGCCCCGCUGCAUUCUCUGUCACACCAAGGACUAAGCCGCUGCUCAGUAGCUUCCAAACGACGGGGCGAUCGCCCCCAGAAGUCGGUGGAGGGAGGCCCAAAGGAAGUGGGGUGCCCUGCGUUAGCCACAGAGAUCGCCCUGGGCUUCAUGACUCUGCGUGACUAGUUACGAACGGCAGGUAUCGCAAGCUCAAUGCUGGGGCUGGAGUCGGGUCUAAAAUGAGGGAUCUAACUUGGUUUUUUGUUUCUUUGUAUAGCUCCAGUCGAUGGCUCUUGUAAAGAGGGUAGUUUGGAGAAGGGGGUUGGGGGGAGUAGGAAGCGUACCUGUCAUUGAACUGUAGAGUGCCAGACUUGCUUAUAGCAAGAGUUCAAGCAUUGAAACGUGUUUGUAGGAUAGCUCACUUGAAAUGGAUUUGUCGUAGAACCAAUGUACAGUUGGCAAGAGAUAGUAAUCUCCAUCCAGCUGGCUUUGUUGUGGGUCAGUGCAGAGGCAGUGUUGCGGAUAUUCCUAUUAAUUCCUGUCUAGGCUUUACUGAAAGAAAUCGCCUCCCUCGAUUCACCAUGUGCAAUGUAUUUCUGGUUCUUACAGCCAGUGGCAUUCUAACCAGACUUCUGUGUUGCUCAAUCUUUGUAGGGUCUUUUGUCAAGCAAUAGUUUACUCUUUCACUUCUUUCUUUCUCUCUCUCUUUUUUUUUUUUUUUUUUAAGUCCAAAGGGCCACUUGGUUAGUUCAGGCCUAAAUGUAUAUUGAGUGGCUAGAAGAAAGUUUUACAAAACUAGUAUUAAGAGAAAAGUGCAAAUGGGUUUUGUUAGGAUUUAAAAUAUUUAAUCACUAAUGAGAAUAGAACAUCAUGUUUAUGAAUAAACUUGUGACUGACUGGCAGGAACCUUCAAGUUUAUUUUCAUAGUUUAAACUAGAAAUGCAAGAAUUAAGGAACAUAGAUGUUAAUAGUGUAAGGUGAUGCUAGUAUCACAGGUAAGGAUUUUUAAACCUGCCAGAGCCUGUUUAAUGCAUGUGUAGUGGGCACAGCAUUUUGUCAACCUCAGUAGCAAUAGCUUAAUGUGGUAGUUCAACAAGGGCUAGUCAUUACGUUGCAAUGACCCGUUUAGCUGAUUCCAUAUCUGCCAGUCCAGCAUGACCUACACUGAGAGGUUCAAAUCAAUAUUUUCAGCUCUGAACUCUCUACCUCACACGAACCCUCUAAAAGCAAAUAUAGUUUAAAAGGUAAAAAGUUCUUGUCAGUAUCUGAAUCAAGUAUUUUCUAUAAACAGUAUAUCCAGUGUUUUUCUUUGUUCAAAAUACAUAAUGUAAAUUGAAUCUAUAAAGAUAAGUGAAAAACUAGAAAUUUCAGAGUAACAAAAAAUGAUUUUUGAGUCCAACUUCCUGUAAUAGUUGUAGACAUUUUGCCAUAUAAUAAUGCCUGCAACUCUUAUCCAGUAUCCUAGGUGCUUGUGGUUGGCACCUGUUGCAAUCACUUAUGGAUCUAACCCUGAAAAUGGUAGAAAAUUCAAGGUUGGUCUGGUGGUUAGGGUGCUAGUUUGGGACUUGAGUUCAAUCUCCUGCUCCAUUACAGACUCCACGUGUGACUUUUGUGUCUGUGUGUUUCAGUUCCUCAUCUUUAAAAUGGGAUAAUGUAAUUUUCCUACAGUACUAGGAUACUGAGGAUAAAUACAUUAAAAGAUUGUGAGGCACUCAGAUACCAUGGAAUAGUACUAAGAACUGAGGCAGUGGUAUUGCACAUUGUAUAGCUGCUGUCAAACAUAGCAAUCACUUGAGUAAAAGAUUUUAUUUUUCAUGCAGUACACAUAAGGAUUUAGCAAAACAUACUCUACUGUGUAUCAACAAGCUGUUCAGUUUUGAAUUGAUUAUUUUUUAACCAAUCACAAGUUUCUUCAUAAUACAUUUUGCUAUAAAGGUGAAAUAGAGGUGGGGGAAGGUUGAAUCGCUCAGGUUUUGACUAAAAUGUGGAGUGGAAAUAAACCAGGUAUUCGACUGGAAUGUGGAGUAUUCUUGGAAAAUUGCACUUUAUGAUUACUUACAUUUUAUGGAAAUGGAUGCAGUAAAUUUCUUCCUAUUUUACUCUUUAGGUACAUGUACAAUAAACUUUCUCCAAAAUAACCAAUUUUGAAAUUUGUGAGGUGGUUCUGUAUCAGGAAAAGCCUUCUUCCCAUCUAACCAACUCGUACUGGUGAUACCUAACUUUUCCUUCUGAACCUACUUACACCUUCCUAAACCCAGCCUGGGUGAAAAGAUAAUUCUUGCAGGGUGCCCUGAAAUGCUCUGCCAACAACUUUCUCCUAACCGUUCCAGACUACGUUACCCCUUUCUGUGUGUAACAUAUAGAGCAGUAUAAACAAGUCAUUGUCUGUAUGAAAUUUUAGUUUGUUCUGACUUUGCUAGUGCUUUUUAUGUAACAUUUUAUUGUAAAACUAGACAAAUAUCUAGAUGAGUAUGCAUACCCCUGGGUGAGAACCACUGAACUAGAAUGUGUCAACUGUCAUGGUAUCAUGGCUAAUACCACACAGUAAAUAGUAUCACAGCCCAGCAGAAUCCUUUUAAAUUGAUAGACUGUCAUGGUAUUUAAAGUAAGACUUGUCAAGGUUUGAAUAGCAAAACAUUUAACUGUUAGUAUUACCAUUUAAAUAGUGCUCUUCAACUUCAGAGUGUUUGUAAAAAUAUUGUACUGAAAGGACACCAACUUCAAAUUCUGUAUCUUCUGUUUUCUCAAGUAAUCCCUAACACAGAGGUGGGCAAGCUAUGGACCCAUCCAGCCCACGGGACCGUCUUGCCCGGCCCCUGAGCUUCUGGCCCAGGAAACUAGCCCCCGGCCCCUCCCCCGCAGCUACACUGUGCGUGCUCAUGUAGGGCAGCGCAGCAGCAUGUCUGGCUCCGGCCGGGUGGCACGGCUGCCAGACAUGCUGCUCUGAGCAUGGUAAGGGGGCCGGGGAAUUGGAUAAGGGGGAGGGGAUCCCAGGGGGCAGUCGGGGAGCAGGGGGUGUUUGGAUAGGGCAGAGGUUCUGGGGGGUGUCAGAGGACGUAGAAUGGGGGGGUUGGCUAGGCAUUGGGAGUCCCAACGGGGCUGUCAGGGGUGGGGGGUGUGGAUGGGGUCAGGUCAGUCACGUGACAGGGAGAAGGGGGGGUUGGAUGGGUCAGUGGUUCUGAGGGGGGCAAUCAGGGGGCAGAAAGGGGGAGGGGGCCAGGCUGUUUGGGGAGGCACAGCCUUCCCUACCCGGCCCUCCAUACAGUUUUGGAACCCAAUGUGGCCCUUGGGCCAAAAAGUUUGCCCACCCCGCCCUACCAUUACUGAAAGAGAAAUCUUUUUUUUUUUUUUUUUUCAGUUUACUUUGUGCAUUUGUCAGCAGUUUGUGUAUAGUUAGUUUCAUGAUUUCCCUUAGAUUCACAAAAAGGAAAGGAACCUUUAGAUUCCGUUUUCUCUCUUAUUGUAGCAGGCAAGAGACAUCUUCAAUUGGUAGGGACUAGUCAAGUACAAACACAACUAUUUUUUUAAAUAUAUAUUUUGAGUUGAUAGUGUCCCUUUUAAACAUGUAUAUUAAUUACCUUAAUUUAUGGUAGUGUCUUGCUAGUAAACUAUUUUUUUUUUUAAAUCUGCAAAUCUGAUUUGAUUAAAUAUGACUGGUUGUGACUUUGCAGUAGCAGAUGUUGGCAGGGGCUUUUUCUUUGACCGUAUGUAUGUCUUUGUGUAAUACUCUUCCUUAUUAUUGUCUGUCCUAGUAUUAAAGUAAUAAGGUGUCAUUUUCAAAAACCCUCCUCUCUCUCAACUGACACCAAGAAUUUAAGCUGAAAGUCCUAAGAAUGUUGUUUAUUAAAUCAUUUAAGAUAUAUUCUCAUAUUGAAAUGUGUGCAUUAAGGGAAUAAAGUGUAAUGUUGAGGGGAAUUUAUAGCCAAUGAAAAACUCUGAAGAUCAAAUACUGGAACAAAAUUACAUGUCUGUCUUUGAACUUAUUUUAACAAAAUCCUGAUAAAUUAAAAUGAUAGACUUAGAUUUAUGAUAAACUGUCUUAGAAAUGACUGGAAAUCAUUUUCUGUUUCAUUGCAAACCAACUUCACACAUCCUAUCAUCCAUAUCCUCUUCAUUUGUGCGUCCCUGCUUGAGAAGGUUCUGCUGAGAUGAUAAACUUUCAGUGGAUGAGAUUUCUUCCCAGGGUUCAAUCCCCCUCCACCUACCCCAGUCCAAAGUUAGCUGGAAUAAAAAAAAUAGGAGCUGACGCUAUACUGCUAUAUCAUUAUUGUUAAGUAGCAUUUUCCUGUAGGUCGGCCUUUAGAAUUCCCCUCACAUUGUUUACUAGUUAUGUGUAGUAGCUCCCUAACAUGAAAUCUAGAUCUCAAAUGUAUCAUUGCUACUUGAAUUUUGUACCAUUUCUUGUAUUUUAAUCUAUGUAAAAGCUUCUAAAACUGUAGGAAUAGUGUAGGUGGGCUCAUAACCACCCACAUGUGGAGUAUUUCUCCCAGGCUAUUGCAAGACUACCAACAGAUUGGGUAGCCUAAUGGAUGAGUUUUUUUCAUGUUGGAAACAAAUCAUUUAAAACUGUCAAAGUUAAAAAUAGAGUAUCUAAUUUAAAAUUUGUACCCACUGUUUAUAGAAGAUAGCCAUGCUGCCAAACAUAACAGCCCCCCUACGUUUCCCCCUGAAGAAUUUGUUUUUUCAAAUAUGACCUUCUGAAAAUUCCUGGAAACUGACUUUUGGAAAUAUUUAUGAGUAAGUGUCAAGGAUUCUGAUUCUGCCAAAUGAAGACCAGUGUACUACACUGCUAAGACACUUACAUGGUACAUUUCAUAUGAUUACGAGACAUUUCAAAGGUCAUUUCAUUAUUAUCUCUGCAGUUACCUUAUUUCAUAAUACAUGUUAAAGGUUGAUCUUUUUUUCAUCCUGAUUGCGCUUUUCUGUAACUGUCACUAGCAUAAUAUAACCUCAAUUACCUAAAUGUUGCAGGGGACCUGAAAUAAUUUUGGAUUAGCAAGAAAAUCUUUGAUAUGACAGUUAUUGAGGUGAGGACAUGAUGCUAUCUUGGAUAAGUGAUGUUUGGAGAGCUGAACUGUAGUACUGUUUGCUAACUAACCUCUAUUGAUAGUUUGGCCAUGUCCACGCUACAGGCUUCUGACGGCAUGGCUAUGGUGGUCAGAGGCAUGAGGAGGUCUGAUCCCUGACAGACCUAGCUGUGCCAGCUAAAAUCCUUAGUGUAAAACCUGCAAAACUGUGCUUCUAUUAUACAUUGUAUAGGUUAUUUUUAUGGAGUGAGGUUUUUUGGGGGGUCGAGGGGUGAGGAACUGGAAUAAGCUAUAUCAGCAAAAGUGCAGUUUUACCAGUAUAAGCUGUGUCCGUAGGAGGAGUGUUUUGCUGAUAUAAGAAACUGGUAUAUCUAGAACUGCAAAGCGUUCCUAGUAUAGACAUGGCCUUGAUUAAUCACUAUACAGUUUAACAAAAAAUUGCUCUCCUUUUUAAUCCUGAUGGCAGCCCAGUCCAGGCCUGAUUUUGAUUAAUGUGAUUUUUCGUUCAAACUAGAGUUGUUGAUAAACUUACACUUAUUAAAAUCAUUAAAUGACUUUGUUGCCACUGCUAAUGUGUUAGGUGAGAGAAUGUGUAAUAGUAUAUUAAGUGGUUACUUUUGUAUUGUGAGUACAUUUUGGACACAAAUCUAGAGGAUUGAUGUUAACUGAGUACAGCUGACUAAUUGUUGUUUGACUAUAAUGCUAGUAGAAAUCUUCACUACGCUAUAAUGGUGUAAAAAAUGGGAUCUACAUUGUCAUUUUCAAUCUGUAUUUUUCCUCAUGGUAGUAUAUAAUGUUGUGGGGAUGUGUGUAUACACAGUGAGGUAUUUUGGGGAUACUAUUUAAAUUGUUAUACAAUUCAAAUGCCCACUGUAUGUGAACUGUCUGCCGAAUUAACCUGUUAACUUGAUUGAAAAUAUAUUCAUCCCUGUGAAGACUUUAGAAGUAGUGUUCGGUGUUCUGUUGACUUCCUUAAGUCAAUUAAGCCUGUAUUCCUUCAUCUAACUGUAGCUCUUCUUCUGCUUCAGAAGGAACUUUCAAAUAAAUCCUAUUUGGAAUUGUUCUGAAAUGCUGGUGACUUUUUGACCAAAAGGAAAGUCAUAUUUUCCUUCAAAGUCCUUUUCACUGCCAUAUGAUAAGGACUCAGGAAAUUGGGAAAAGGGGGUCUCGAUACACGAUAUAUUGGCAUUUCAGAUUUCUUCUGAUAAAUGGUAUUACUUGUGGUCGUACUUGUCUCGCUGUUUUAGGAAGAAUUGGGACUUUUGAAACUCGGUCUCUAAGAAGGAUUCCUUUUAGAAGUUUUUCAGAAACACCAGCAUACUUUGCUUCAAAAGAUGGCACAAGCAAGGACGGUUCUGGCGAUGGCAAUAAGAAAUCUGUCAGUGAGGGAGGCAGUAAAAAGUCUAGUUCUGGAAGCUCAGGGAAAGGAGGAAACCAGCUGCGGUGCCCAAAGUGUGGUGACCUGUGCACACAUGUAGAGACCUUUGUGUCUUCCACCCGUUUUGUGAAGUGUGAAAAAUGUCACCAUUUUUUUGUUGUGCUGUCAGAGGCAGACUCAAAGAAGAGCAUCAUUAAAGAGCCUGAAUCAGCAGCAGAAGCUGUGAAAUUGGCAUUCCAACAAAAGCCACCUCCUCCACCGAAAAAAAUUUACAACUACCUCGACAAGUAUGUUGUUGGUCAGUGUUUUGCUAAGAAGGUGCUUUCAGUCGCUGUGUACAAUCAUUACAAAAGAAUAUACAACAAUAUCCCAGCUAAUCUGAGACAGCAAGCAGAAGUUGAAAAGCAGACUUCUUUAACACCAAGAGAAUUAGAAAUAAGAAGACGGGAGGAUGAGUACAGAUUUACAAAACUUCUGCAGAUUGCUGGAAUAAGUCCCCAUGGUAAUGCUUUAGGAGCAUCAAUGCAGCAACAAGUGAACCAGCAGAUGCCUCAGGAGAAACGAGGAGGUGAAGUACUAGAUUCAACCCAUGACGACAUAAAGCUUGAAAAAAGUAAUAUUUUGCUGCUUGGACCAACUGGGUCAGGUAAAACCCUGCUGGCUCAGACUCUAGCUAAAUGCCUUGAUGUACCUUUUGCUAUCUGUGAUUGUACUACCUUGACUCAAGCUGGCUAUGUAGGUGAAGAUAUUGAAUCUGUUAUUGCAAAACUACUGCAAGAUGCCAACUACAGUGUUGAAAAAGCUCAACAAGGAAUUGUUUUUCUGGAUGAAGUAGAUAAGAUUGGCAGUGUGCCAGGCAUUCAUCAGUUACGGGAUGUAGGAGGAGAAGGUGUCCAACAAGGCUUGUUAAAGUUACUAGAAGGUACAAUAGUAAAUGUUCCAGAAAAAAAUUCCCGUAAGUUACGUGGAGAAACGGUGCAAGUUGAUACAACAAACGUCCUCUUUGUAGCUUCUGGUGCCUUUAAUGGUCUUGACAGAAUCAUCAGCAGGAGGAAAAAUGAAAAGUAUCUUGGUUUUGGCACGCCAUCUAAUUUGGGGAAAGGCAGAAGGGCUGCUGCAGCAGCUGACCUCGCUAACAUAAGUGGGGAGUCCAAUACACAGCAAGAUAGUGAAGAAAAAGAUCGCUUGUUGCGGCACGUGGAAGCCAGAGAUCUUAUUGAAUUUGGCAUGAUUCCAGAGUUUGUGGGACGUUUACCUGUGGUGGUUCCGCUGCAUAGCCUGGAUGAGAAAACACUUGUACGGAUUCUUACUGAGCCACGAAAUGCUGUGGUUCCUCAAUACCAGGCAUUAUUCAGCAUGGACAAGUGUGAAUUGACUGUUACUGAGGAUGCAUUGAAGGCUAUAGCCAGACUGGCGCUAGACAGAAAGACUGGUGCAAGAGGUCUUCGAUCUAUAAUGGAAAAGUUAUUGCUGGAACCCAUGUUUGAAGUACCCAAUUCUGACAUUGUAUGUGUGGAGGUUGACAAAGAAGUUGUGGAUGGCAAAAAAGAACCAGGAUACAUUAGGGCUCCGACUAAAGAUACUUCUGAAGAAGAGUAUGACUCAGGAGUUGAAGAGGAAGGCUGGCCUCGUCAAGCAGAUGCUGCAAACAAUUAAAUAGUGUCAAUGUUCUCCUGCAUAUAGUGUGUUUGGUUAUUUUUAAGAUCAUUAUCUGGCAUUACAAUCCGAUACUGAAGGCAUCGGAUCUAUCCUGGAUAUAAUACAUGGUCAAAAAAGUUAAAAUAUUUUUUAAAAAAAUCAGAUCAUGUAUUGUAACAUCACAUUGAUUUAUUCAGUGAACAUUAUUUGGACUUCAGUAGCAUAAUGUUCAAAUAUAAAUUGUACAUUACGUUUUGUUCAGUUUUUAAAUAAAUGUGCAUUAACAAACAAUUCUAGAAAGCAAAGACUGUUGCUUAAAUGAUGCUUGUGUCGCAAAUAGUUAAAUUUUACAAUAAUGUUAUUCUACAAAUGGGAAAACAAGUUUAAUAUAAAAUAGAGGAUAAGCAAACUUAAUUUUGCAUAUAUUUCACUCACUUGAGUUAAGUUCAUUCACUGUAAAUGUCAGUGUUAGAUUUAUGUCCAUUUGGAACCCAGAUGGAUGCUGGAGAGACGUGUUACAUUUGUCAUGAAAAAUUCCCUAGAAACUAGAUUUUGAAAAAAAUCAGAUGUUUUAUUUUUUUAUGCAACUUUGCUCAAAUGUAACACUAACUUGUUACAAUAAUUGGCUGCAGUACCAAACGUCAUAUCAUUGUUUUCUUACCUUAGCAUCACAUGUACAUUUUAAUGGAUCCUUUAGAAUACUGUGAAAGCAAGUAGAACCAAAAGUCUGAAUUUCUUUUGGAAGGAAACAAUUUACAGGAAGUAGUAGACCAUGUGGAUUUAGAAAUGGCCUAAAAAUUUAAAUAUUAAUGUUCUAUAUAGUACAUUUUGUUUAAAGUAUUGGAACAUAUCAUGCAUCAGUUUUUUGAUGCCAGAUAUUUGCCCAUCUAUCUUCUUAUAACAUUAAAAGUUGAAAGAAAGUAAAGUGAAUGUAUAGUAUUUUUGAUGUAAUCAGUAGACUGUUCAUGAGUGCUUUUUUUUUUUUUAUAUAAAGUUACAUGCUUAAAUGCUGCAUCUUGUGGUUUUUUUGUCUCUUGGUUUUAGACUUUCAGCAAAG